UUUAAUUAUUAUUUUUAUGGAAUCAAAUAAAUCAAAUAUAAUGGUUGCAACUGAUGGAUCCUAAGCAUCCAAAUAAGCUUUCUUUGUACAUAAUUUAAUUAAAAUAUUUAGUAAGCAGUUGAGUUCUUUGAAUUUAAGAAUAUUUUCAAUUAAAUUAUCGUAGCUCAUGUUUCAGAUUAAUCUAAAACCUAUUUACCCUUUGAAUUCCAAAGCACAACAAUUUAUGAGGAUUAUAAAAUUGAAUUAUUAUCAAGAGUAAAUUAUUCAUCAAUUUGUUAUAACUUUAGUAUCCAGAAGCAAACUACUAAUUAGUUUUUUAGGAGAAAAGACAAGGUUAAGAAAAUGUCAGAAAUUAAAUCUUGAGUAUAGCAGGAGAUUUAAAUGUGAGUUAUUUAAUAGUUGGAUUUAAUGGAAGGAAGGGAAUCAAAUAGGAUAUCACAAUUUUAGGAUAGACAGUGAGAAAUUCAGUUUACAAUAGUAAGAUACCUUUGAUAGCUGUAAAGAAACUCUAUAAAAGGGAUGAGACAAAUGGAUUUAAAUUUGUUGUUUGUAUAGAUGGAUCAAAGAAAUCUUAUAAAUCAUUAGAAAGUGCUGUUGCCUUAUCUUUUGAUGAGCGUGAUAGUUUAUUAAUAUGUUUUGCUCCAACUCCAGAUAGGGAAGCAUUUGGAACAACAAUAAAAUCAAAGGUUGAAGAAUUUAUGGCAAAAUAUUAGAGAAAAUGGCAAUAUAAAUAAUUAAAUGCUUCAUAUAGAGCAAUAGAUAAUGUAAUUGAAAUGAUUAAUAAUUCUGAUGAUCUCGAUUUUGUUGUAUUUGGAUCAAAUGGAUAUAGAGCUCAAUUAGAAAAUAAGACAUUCUUUGGUUCAACAGCAGAUGAAUUGCUUAAAAAAGCAAAGGCAAACAUAAUAAUGGUACCUUGA